AUAGUUAUGAAUGCUGACGAACAAUGUAUACGAAGUUUAAGGAGAAAGUCUGUCUGAUGCAUAUACAAAGCCAAUUGUAAUUAUUAUCGCGUUAUAAUGACCAAUCUUUUCAUCCAUCUGUACAAUGUAUUUGAAAAAAAAUAAGUUCGUUUUUAUUUAUCUUUUUAUCGGUUGUAUUAUAACCUUAUUUUGUAAACACAAGAAAGAAGGCGCCAGUUACGAUUUGUUUGAGAGCAAUUGGACAUAAAUCAUCCAGACCAAGAUUCUGCAAUAUUAUACUUUGAAUAAAAGUACUAUCCUACUAUAAGAUUAGGUGCAUAUAGAAUGUUAUGAUAAUAAAGGAGAAUGGAAGUAGAAUUUACGAAUACAAUAUGUGGAGAAGAAACCAGUCCCUUGGAGGCGUCAAUAUACAGUUUAGAGGUGAUUAGAUUAGCAGGUGAGGUAGAUGAGGAUAUAAGUUCAAAUUUUGCUGCUCUCGAAGAGAAAAAGCGAGAAGCAAAAAAGAAGUUCAUUAAUUCUUGUUCUAAGAGAUUAAUACUUGAAACUAUUUUAAAUGAUCAGAAAGAUUGGCCAACUCUUACAGAUGCAGCUGAAGAGUUAAAAGCCACAUCACGGAAUUUAAAAACUUGUAAAUCUGAAGUAGAAGAAACUAAGAAAACAAUUUUUUCAUUAUGUGAGACAGCAGAAAAUGCAUACGUGCUUUUAAAAUCAAGAAUUAAAGAAUUACAGAAAAAUAUGACAUCACUCGAGACAAAGAAAAAGAUUUUAGAAGAAUUGAGAGGCCAACAAAAAGAAAUUAUGUCUGAUAAAACAGUAGAAAUUCAACAAGCUGCAGAAAAUCAGACUUUGGCUGUAAUAGAACAGUGUCAAGAAUCUAUAGAUAAGAAUCAGUUGCAUAUAAAACAUUUAGAGCUGGCCAUUAAUAGAGUUAAAGAGAGAAUGGAAAUUAUAGCCAGUUUAGAUGAUCAAUCAACAGAACCUACUCACACUUUACAGUUAGAAAGGAUCCAAUCAAUGAUAACAGUUUUUGAAAAGUUGGGAGGUAUUAAAGUCAAAUCUGUUGAUGAUGAUAAAUUACAAUUAGAAUUUGAUAGUCAGGAUGACCAAAACUCGGACAGACCUAAACUAUUACUUACCCUAACCUUUAUACUCGGAUCAUUCAACAAACCUUACUUAAAAGAUGCUGAGGUUAAUAUUCUGUCAUUAGAUGUAAAAGAUAUAUUAGAAGAAGCUGUUAAUAAUAAUAAUGUGGUGAAGCUGAUACAUGAAUUAAAGACUAGAUGGUUCUCACAUGUUCCACUUCUAUCAGAGAUAAAUAAAAUACAGAACAGUUAUGCUAUAGAUUGGAUACAAGAGGAAGGUAUAAUACGUGUCAUGGCAGGUCGAGGUGGUAGUAUUGUUUUGACAUUAUCCAUACCAUCAACCUAUCCUGUUGAAGGAACAGUAACUCUUGUUGAUAUUAAAGGUAGUAAAAUAGACGCCGACCAACUCCAGGAGAACACACAAUGUAAAACUUUAGAGGAAUGGGUCAAAUAUCUUGAAUACAAAUUUGGAAAACCAUAAAAGAUUGUUCUGUAUAAAUGACUGUGCUAAAUUAUAUUUCCUUCUUAUAAUUUCUGUAUUUCAUAUUUUUUAUACAAACUUUUUAAAUUGUGUUUCCUUCUUCUAUCCUUACGAUUUCUAUAUUUCAUACCUUAUCAUUAUCUAUAUGAGUUAUAGAUAUUAACCUUCCAUCCUUAUUUCUAUAUUUCAUACCUUAUGACUAAUAAAUAUUA